AUGGCGCCUCCAAAGAAACCUAAGAAGGUGAAUCCCCUCCGCAACCGAGUCCCGAUCAAAGAUGCGCCUCCCACCUUGGUCCGUCAAGCUACCGCCGGCGCUGCUGCCCGGGCCAAAGCUGCCGCCCUGCCUCCGCGCAGGCCAGCGUGCCCCAAUAAGGAGUGUCACGACCCCGACAUCCAAGAUGGCAUCUGCCACAAUUGUGGUUUCGUGGUCGACGACUCGAACAUUGUCUCCGAGAUCACCUUUGGCGAGAACUCAGCCGGGGGUGCCGUCGUCCAGGGGAGUUUCGUCAGUGCCGAUCAGGGUGGUGCUCGUACCAUCGGCCCUGGCUUCAAGCGAGGCGGAGGAGACAACCGGGAAAACACUCUUCGAGAAGGUCGUAAUGCUAUACAGGGUAUGGGUGCGCAACUCGGCAUCCGCGAGUCCACCAUUCAGAACGGCGUGCAGAUCUUCAAGCUGGCCGCCAUGAACAACUUCAUCCAAGGUCGUCGGAUGGAGCAGGUCGCCGCCGUCUGUCUCUACAGUGCCUGUCGGAAAGACAGCCCGUGCAGAAUCAUGCUCAUUGAUUUUGCGGAUUUGGUCCAGACCAACGUAUUCAAGCUGGGUUACACAUUCAAGAAGCUCCACGAUACUAUCGCAAUUGCCAAAGCGGGUAUCCAGCCAGUCCUGCCCGAAGACUUGAUCUUUCGGUUUGCACAAAAACUCGAGUUCGGUAAUCAGAUGACCAAGGUGGCUGAGGAUGCCGUUCGCAUGGUUCAACGGAUGAGCUUGGAUUGGAUGGUCAUGGGUCGACGGCCAUCGGGGGUCUGCGGCGCCUGUCUUAUUCUUGCCGCGCGCAUGAACAACUUCCGCCGAACUAUUACCGAGGUCGUCUACAUCGUCAAGGUCACCACGCACACGAUCCAGAAGCGUCUGGAAGAGUUCAAGCAGACUCCUUCCAGUGCCUUGACUGUGGAGGACUUCCUGAACAACGAGUUCUUGGAGACGUGUCACGAUCCUCCGUCGUAUUACGAGAAGACGGAGGCAUUCCUAAAGACCAAAAAGCGCCGCAAGCGCAAGGCAGCCCAUGAUGCGGCCGAGGACUCGGGAGACGAGAACGAAGGUACCGAGAGCGCAACUCCGGACCCGAAGCGUCGAAAGACCGCCGGUACCGAAGCUGCAGGUGCAGACUCCGAGAUGCCCGGUGCGCCUUCGGAUACACCGGCAAGCUCUCCUCAAGCAUCGGCUUCCGAGACCCUAUCAGGCCCCCAAGCCACGGCUCCCAGCACUCAACAAAUCACAAGUGCUCCUGCCACCUCGCAGUCUGCGGACCCAGAGGUCCGGCGCGAUGCCGAAGGAUUUGUCAUUCCGCCACUGCCGGUUCAGUCACACGACCGUCUUAUCGAUCCCGAACUCAUCGAAUCUCAGAUAGCGGACAAGACGGAGACAACCCUUGAACAGCUUGCCUUGCUGGAUGAAGAGGCCGCUGCAGCCGCUGCAGAGGCAAGCCAUGAAGCAAGUUCUAAGAGUGGUGUCAUUGUGCCGGGACUGCGAAGCAACUCGAAGUCUAUCUACGUGCCAGACAAUUGGUCUGCCAGCGAGCAAGAGAUGGAGGAUCAAAUCAGCGAAAUGAUCUCUGAUCCCGAUGCCGUCGCUCGCGCAGAAGAGGCAGUGAGAGACCAUGAAGAAAAAAUGCGACUCGCCGGUCGAAGACCAAAUGUUGAUCCAGACGCCAACGCCUGUCGAGAUGCCACACCCAGUCGAGACGAAACACCCAGUCAAUACGCCAGUCCGAAUCGAGAUCCCACCCCCAAUCGAGUUGAAUCUAAUGCCAGCGAAUAUAGCCCCUCGCCAGAGCCAGAACCGCGCGAAUCGUACGGAGAAGAGAUCAUGGCCCCCAAUAGCGGUGAAGAGCACGCCACACUGUUCGCCGAGGCUUCGAAGCGCGCUGCUGAACAUUUGAAGGCUUUUUGGAAAGCUAACCCCCCAAAGGGCAUCAGCGUGGAUGCCAUAAUCGGAGAGGACGAGUUCGCGGGCGACCCCGAGGUAGAGUACUGCAUGCUGUCCGCCGCAGAUACUGCUAAGAAGGAGAAAGUCUGGUCCAACGACAACAAAAGCUGGCUGCGAGCCCAGCAGGUCAAGGAUUGGGCCAAGAAGAACGCGGCUAAGGGACCACAGAAAGCCAAGCGUACCCGUAAGCCGAAGCCUAGAAUUGGAGAGGGUCAGACGAGUGCAGCUAGUAGUCCAGGAGAAGCUGCCGUCGCGGCUCUCAAGGAACGUGCUUUCUCGAAGAAGAUCAACUACGACGCCAUCAACUCCAUGUUCGCAGGUAUUAGCAAGCUCAAGGAUAAAGACGCCCUCGGCAGCGCGGCCACGAGUCGACUCACUUCUCGGGCUGGCAGUGUGGUUUCGGAGCUCUCCGAUGCCGAAUCUACCAUGUCCGGUGUUGCUGGUAGUGUAGCCGGUAGCGAGAUGGACGUCGACGAUGGCACUGGCAUCGCCUUGGUCGGCAACGCACACAUCCCCAAGCGAAGCCGCCGGAAGCCAGGUCCCCAUCUCAAGCCAGGACCCAAGGCGGGAUACAAGAAGGCCAGUGCCCCCGAGCCCGAGCCCGAGCCCGAAAUUGACGAAGAAGAUGGUGAUGAUGACGAUUACAUCAAACCUACUUCCGCCCCCGCUGAAGACGACGACGAGAACGAUGCGGUGGAUGACUGGCGCUCGAACCUGAAGAAGAGCCAGAAGGCACAGGCGGCUGGGGACGAGGAGGAAGAGUACGAGGAUAACGAGGUUUAUGAUGAUCUGGGAGGCAUCGACGCCGGUGGCGUCGGGGACUUUGACGAUACGAAUUUCGGGGACGGCACUGGCUAUGGGGAAUAUGAAGAUGAACCCUGGGCUGGCGGCGACUUUGACUAG